ACUGCUCGGAAGACACUAGCAAUAAGCAUGGAAACUUCACCUUGGUAGUGAUCACAAAAAACGCUUCUUAUGUUUCCAGGCAUUUGAUAUCAUUCGAGAUCGAGUUUGGUCGUUAUUUUGCGUUGCGCGUUAAAGAGUGAAGUAAAAGUAACAAUGGAUGGUUAAAUAAUGAGUAAAAUCCAUCGAUACUUUCUCUUAUUAAAUAGUCAUACAGUUUUAAGCUUGUUAUCAACGAAGAGAGGAGCAAAACAACGCACCCAACCAAGAUGUCGGUAGGGUGGAGCUGCCUGCCGCUGCUGCCUCUAGGCUGCAUCCUGGAGCACCUAAGCCUGGAGGAUGCUCUAGCCGCCAUGUCCACCAGCCGGCACUGGCGCAGUGGCCUGUUGAUGUACGAGGGCCGGAGGAAAACUCUCAAGCUCAACGCGAAACAGUUGGACAAAUGCGCGUUCCUAGCGCGAAUAUUCAAGAAACACACAAACGUACUGCAGAUACACGUGGCGGACUGCAGCCGAGCGGAGCUGACGCAGUUCAUGCACAAAAUUAUGCCACAAUUCUUCGAAACACUCAAGCUCCAAGAAAUAGUAUUCAUAGGACCAGGAUGCGUGCAGAUGGCGCAUAGCAACGUUAAACUAGACAGAGUAAUGAUAGAGAGUCUGCUAUUCAAACAUUCCCACAGCAUAAGGAAUUUUGCCCUGAUGAACUGUGAAAUGGACGCUGUAGACGACAAGAAGCCGAAACAAAUACAUGACAACGUGGAGUUUUACUCGCGCGGGCUCCGCUUCGACCCUUCCUCACCAGCUGACGCGAUUUUAUCAAGAUACAACGCUGAGGCGAUGAUGUUUUCCAGUUUACAGCACAUACUAGUAGACUACGACCUGGUGACCACAGAAACGCUAGAGACCCUCUCGCAGCUCACAUCCUUCAGCCAACUAAGCAUCAUCAUAUGCAAUAAGAAACUAGCACAUUCCGUGGACUGGCGCCGGGUUCAAACCUGCUACCCUAAUGGGUUAGACGUGGCCGUUAACUUGAUUGGAUUAUCAGAAAAGAAGAUCGACGAGGUGAUGGAGACCGUUUUAGUGGAGGGGCUGACACUUACAUCGCUCAAAGUGAUGUUUUGUAAAACUUUGUACCCGCCGCUUAUUAAGCACGUGGUGCGUCUGCACAAGGACUCGCUACGCGAGUUCGUCGUGGUGGACGCGCCUCACGAGUCCUGCCAGCGCGUCAUACGCUCACUACGCGCUCCCGAGUAUGAAGCGUGCAACGUGAAUCCGAUCAUAUUGAUGUGCUGGCAGUGUACACAACUAAGAAGACUUGUAUUGCAUGGCUACUGGGUGUGGCAGUACGACGUGCUGGGCUUCGUGCGGCUGCGCAAGUCGCUCUCGCAGCUGGAGAUCUCCGCCGUCUACGGCCGUCAGCGACGGCCGCAGCAGACCGCCAUGGCGCGGGUGCACGUCGGCGACGCGCCGGACACUGUCGACGCGAGCUUCGUCAGGCAAGUGAACGAGUACACGGAGUUCAAGUGGAAGCCGUGCUCGUGGUCGCGCCUGCACCCCGGGCUGCGCGCGCGCGCCGCGCCGCAGCACCGCGCCGCGCUCGCGCUGCACGAGGCGCGCCGCCCGCUCGGCGUCACGUUGCAUUCUCAAAAAUGAGAGUGCCAAAUCAACGUGACACCGAAGCCUGGCAAUGUGAGCAAAAAUUACGAAAAAUCGCAUUGGCAGUACGAUCGAGAAAUAUGACCAAAGGUAAAUGUCAGCAUAC